AUGAGGCUGCUCCGAGCCCGGCCGGGACAGGACACAGCCGGGAGGCAGAGCAGCUCCUCGGGCUCUCCACUGCCUGCGCAUCCCUCCCAGGGCAGCUUCCACAGCCUGCACGCUUCUGCUCUCGGCAGCCCCCAGAAAUCCCUUUGCAUGCUCCAGACAGUGUGGGUGUCCCCACCAGGGAGCUGCGCUUUGCAGGAGUCCAAGAGUCACCACCAGGGCAAGAAAAGGUGCUGGAAAUGUAGACUUGUCAGGACUAUAAUCCAGCACCCAUGCCGGAGGCAUGCCCCCAAACACUCCAGGAAAGAAAGAAUGUUGAGGAAAUUCCAGAUAUGCCUCUGUUUCUGCUUUGUCUCGGGCAUUUUGUACGAGAUCUCCCUCUUGUCCAGCUCUGUCUUCUCCUACUUGCCCAUGUCCCAGCACUACCUGACACCUGAGCAGGUGCUGAACCUUGGCAAAAGCAUCAUUUUCCUGGAGACGACGGAGCGCCUGGAGCCGCCCCCGCUGGUGUCGUGCUCCGUGGAAUCCGCUGCCCGGAUUUACCAGGACAGGCCCAUCAUCCUCUUCAUGAGGGGACUCUCCAACGAGACGGCCUUGGACAUGAACACCAGCUAUGCAGCCUUCUCCCUCUUGUCUUCUAUGAAGAAUGUCUUCAUUUUUCCUCUCCAGAUGGAAACCGUCUUCCAGGAGACCCCUCUGCUUCAGUGGUACAACCAGGUGGUGCCGGAGCAGGAGAAGAACUGGGUGCACGUCAGCUCGGACGCCAGCAGGCUGGCACUCAUCUGGAAGUACGGGGGCAUCUACAUGGACACGGAUGUCAUCUCCAUCCGGCCCAUCCCCCAGGAGAGCUUCCUGGCGGCACAGAAGUCGCGAUUCUCCAGCAACGGGAUCUUCGGCUUCCCUGCCCGCCACAAGUUCAUCUGGGACUGCAUGGAGAACUUCGUUCUCAAGUACAACGGCAACAUCUGGGGCAACCAGGGCCCCUUUUUGAUGACGAGGAUGCUCAAAACGCUCUGCAACCUCACAGAUUUCCAAGGCACCGAGGACCACAGCUGCCAGAACAUCUCCUUCCUCAACCCCCAGCGUUUCUACCCCAUCCCAUACCCAGCCUGGGGCCGGUACUACCAGGUGUGGGAUAAAAGCCCCAAUUUCAACCAUUCCUAUGCCCUGCACCUGUGGAACUUCAUGAACCGCAACCGCAAGGUGGUGGUGGCCGGCAGCAACACCCUGGCUGAGAAACUCUACAAAACCUACUGCCCCACCACCUAUGAGGACCUGAUCCAGAAUGCCAAACACAGGGAUCUCCCAGGCCCUGAGGACAUGGAGUGA